GAGUCUGGGGUGUUUCUCAGCGGCGUCAUCAGUGGUGGCGGUCGCAGCCACUUUGUGCUGCUCUGUCGCAACCUGCACUACCGACUCGGCGGGUUCCUGCCGCACACAGGCGUUGUGGCAGCCGUUACGGAAGAGACCGCGCUGCUUGUGCGAGGGCGCUGCCGCCUUCUGCCCUUUGAGACGGUGUACCUUGAGGACGCAGCCACGACGUGUGUGAAGCUGCACGAGGUGAUUUGUGGCGCUGCUGGCACAGCGGCAUGGCAGAACUACGAGCACUGUUACAGCGAGGCGUACGACAUGAUGGAGCGUAGCGAGUACGGAUCGGCGCUGUGGUGGUGGGAGAAGGCGAGAGCCGUGGAGCAGGGCGCACUGGCGGAGGAAUCGCCGCUGUGCAGGUCGUCACAGGCAGCGCGGCUUGAGAAAGAGUGCGUCAUGCGUAUGUCACGGGGCGACUAUGCGCCGUUUGCGCGGCGACCACGCUUAGCGAAUGGCGAGAAUGACGGCGUGCCGCACAGCGAUGUUGUUUCCACCGUCACCAGCGAGGAAACUGUCAGUCAGAAGACGGCCAGCGCGACGAGCUCCUUCCGUUUUGGUCCGUUGGUGACCGCACCCGAGAGCGACGCAGUGAGCUUGGAGGUGGCUGCUGGGUGCCUGCCGCAUCGAUUUAGGGACCGCCUGGGGAACGUCUGGAAGCGCGCCCUGAAUCCGAUCGAGGACCCCUCCACAGACAUCACUCCCGUGUACAUGGCUAUAUCCGCCACCGGGACGCUGGCGGUGCUGAAAGUGUGCCAGCUGACUGAUGCGGCCGCUCGUCUGACACGCGCUGAGGUGGAUGCUGCGCUUGAGGAGCUGAUGGGCCUCAGGGUCAACGACAGUCUGGUGCAAUACCUUUCGUAUUGUUACGUCCCACCUCACCGCGUGGUGCUUGUGAUGCAGUACGUCCCUGGUGGGACUCUGCGUGAAAUGAAAUCCCGGUACGGACGCAAGCUGCCGCUGACUGCCGUGAGGCGGAACGUCGCGUCGAUGCUGCGGGGCCUGGCGCACCUGCAUGGGCGCGGUGUGAUCCACGGACGUUUGUGCCCCGAGAAUGUGAUGGUUGGUGUGGAGGGGCGGUGGCGGCUCAAGGGCAUGCUGCUGGGUGCCGCGCCGCUGAUACUGCACCAAGAGACGUACUAUGUGAGCCCCGAGGUUGCUGCCGGCGGUGCGAAGACGGCAGCGAAUGACGUGUACGCGCUGGGGCUGCUGCUGCUCGCGAUGCUGACAGAUUCCCACCCCUGGCAGUGGAGUGCGAAUGCGGCGUUAGAUCGCUCACGGAACGAGCUUGACUCGCUUCUAGCCGACAGUACGGCGUUCCGCGAGGCGCUGCGUAAUGGGCUGCUGACACCGGUGCCGACCCCUGCAGACACAGACGAAACGCUGCGGACCGUGCUGGAGGCGUGUCUCCGCACCGCCCCAGGGGAUCGGCCCACUGCUGCCGAUAUUCUGUUUUUAUGUAACCCGUGA